UUCAGGCGUCGAGUCCACCCACUAAUUCUCGCAAAUUAAAAGCAAGAAACCAAUCGUUCUUUUCUUUUCUUUUCUCGCCAUAUAUAUACAUAUAUAUAUAUAUACUCACACAUACAGAACACAUUGUGUUUGUUGGGGUGUUUGGCUGCCGAGAAAAGGGGAAGGAAAUUGUGGGAAAAUGGGGAGAGGAAAGGUGCAGCUGAGGCGCAUAGAGAACAAAAUCAACAGGCAGGUGACCUUCUCCAAGAGGAGGGCUGGGCUGCUGAAGAAAGCUCAUGAGAUCUCCGUCUUGUGCGAUGCAGAAGUGGCCUUAAUUGUCUUCUCUCACAAAGGGAAGCUCUUCGAGUACUCCACCGAUUCAUGCAUGGAAAAGAUCCUAGAGCGAUAUGAAAGAUACUCAUAUGCUGAAAGACAGUUGAUUGCCGAUCCACAAACCCCGGGAAACUGGUCCCUGGAGUGCACUAGACUAAGGUCUAAGAUUGAGCUUCUACAGAGGAACCAUAGGCACUAUAUGGGACAUGAUCUGGACUCCUUGACGCUGAAAGAGCUGCAAAAUCUGGAGCAACAACUUGACACUGCUCUCAAACACAUUCGUUCCAGAAAAAACCAACUCAUGUACGAGUCCAUCUCGGAGCUCCAGAAAAAGGAGAGGGCAAUACAAGAGCAGAAUAACAUGCUGGCAAAGGAGAUAAAGGAAAAGGAGAAGACACUGGCAGAGCACUCCCAAUGGCAGCAGCAGAACCAUGCUUCAAACCCAUCUCCAUUUCUCCUGCCUCAGCAGCUUCCCUGCCUUAACAUUGGUGGAAGUUACCAGGGAGAGGAACCAGCAAGGAGGAAUGAGCUUGACCUGACUUUGGAGCCCUUAUUUUCAUGCAACCUUGGAUGCUUUGCCUCAUGAAUGAUAAAUAAUAAACCAGAAGAAGAAGAAGCCACCAGUUCUGGCCCAUUAUUAUAAGCUAAUUAAAACUCUUAUCUAAUUAUAACGAUUAUGGAUGGAUAAAUGGUUGAGGCAAACUUUAACAGUUCAUGUUAAAACCUCUUCCCAAGCAAGUUCAUUUUGCUUGUUUAUUUGGAGGUUGUGUUUAGUUAUAUUUCUCUCUCUCUCCGCAGACUAUCGAAAACUGCUGCAACCCAGAGAGCAGAAUUAAGGAAUUCAGACAUUAUUAUUAUUACAUAUAUUUAUAUAUAUACUGGAUUUGUUUGCAUGUAUAA